CUUUCCAAACUCUUCUCUCUAAACCGAUUUCGAUCCAAAAUGUCGUCUGACUGGGAUGAAAUCAAGCGGUUGGCUGCGGAUUUUCAGAAAGCACAGCUUUCCACGAGUUUGCAAAGACUCUCCGAACGAAACUGCAUUGAAGUGGUUCGAUUGCUGAUCGAAAAACAGCUUAUUCAAGUCAUCUUCACCAACGAUGGGAAAGAAUAUCUUACGCAAGAGCACCUGGAGCAGGAGAUAAAAGACGAACUGUACUUGCGCGGUGGUCGCGUGAAUUUAGUGGAGCUCGCUGCCGCCUUGAACGUGGAUUUCGGUAAAGUGGAAAAUGCUGCGAAGCAAGUAUGUGCCGACGAGCCGGAUAUAAAGUUUUUACUCGGUCAGCUUAUCGACAAGAGCUACACGCUACGAUUAGCGACGGAGAUAAACCAAAAGUUGACACAACUGGGAGAGAUCGACGUGGGAAAGCUAACCGUGACAUACGAUCUUCCGGCCGACUUCCUACUCAAUGAUGUGGUGUUGAAAAAUUUGAACCGUUCCAUCCACGCCAAACAGGAUCAGGCAAACGCGAGCGUUUUCUUCACCAGGUCGUACAUCGAUCGGAGCAAGGCCAAAAUAAGGGGCGCCCUGGCUGCUAUAACGAAGCCGACUCCACUGUCGGCAAUCUUAAAUUUAACGGGAGUGCCCGAACGGCUUCUGUACAUGGUCCUGAACGAGGUUUCGUCCCUCGGUACAGUAACGGCGCGAUCGCCGGCCGGCCAAUAUGUGCCGCACAUCUACUCGCGUAUGCAGGCUCGUUGGGUGAACGAUUUUUAUCAGCUUAACGGAUAUCUUAUGCACGAAUCGGUUGCCAACCUUGGCGUGAGCGAUGUUAAAGCAUUCGUGCAGAACCAGUUGCCGGGGGAAAAGAUGGUUGCGCUCAAGAAGUGCCUCAUUGGCAACAAGCUCAUCGAGCAGGUGAAGGCUUCCUUGGAGGAGUGUAUCGCUACUAGCUCUUAUCUGGACGUUAGCACGAUUUUGCCCUCGGCUUUGACCGAUGAAGACGUUGAUGAGAUCGUGGCAAACGUGUUGACGCCUGCUAUGCGGCGACAAGCGUUCGUUUUUGGCUCGGUCAUUUUGACCGUGAACUUCAUGGACGAAGCUGUUAAACCGUGUCACGAGCUCGUCAAUGAACAUGCGAAACGUGCGGUUGAAAGUGGUACCUAUCAAAAGUAUAUGGCUGAGAAGAUGAUGAAACAUCAGGACGCGGACCCAGGCGCUGCGGCAGAUGAAGGGCGGACGGAUAAGCGUGAAGAGCGUCGCAAGAAGGCUGCAGGAGGUAAGGGUGGUGGGGGUACGCAAGGACGUGAGACGAAGACAAAGUCAACGAAAAAGCACAAUCGCGGCAAUCGGGGUAACGUGUCGGACUCGGACGAUGAACAAGAUGCGGUAAUCGGCCGGGGUGGAACCGCCGGUGGAAAGAAGUCCGGAAAAGAGCCACACCUCGAACUGAUUACCUCGAAAGAAAUCGCUAAAGUGGUCGAGAAAGCACUCGACGAGGAAGGACUGGGAAGCUUGUCGAAGGAUGUUGCUAAUCAUUACUUCCCGACACUUAGCAAACAGGCGUUGGUCAAGGCGCACGAACUGUAUGAGCUGUCGUUGCAGAAGAACAACCAAAAUCGUCGCCAAACACACGCCAGCAUCCAGGAGAAACUAAAUACCCUCUACAACGACAUUAGGCUGUACGAGAAGGGUUUAAAACUAUUUGCGGAAGAUGUGCAGAAUCAACUGCUAAAGUAUCUGCUCAAAUCGCUGGGUACGGACAUUUGCAACGAACUGUGUUUGUACGUGGCGGCCGAGUCCAACCUAAACACGAACUACGGUGACUCACUGACGGUCGAGCAACGUAUAAAAAUCAGCAACGCGUGCGAUUCCGAAUAUCGCGAAGCAUUGCAAGCCCUUAACAAGUUGCUCGGUUCCAGCGAGACGGUUGAUGCCUUUCUCGAAGCUACUGAAAGGGCAAUGCAAACGUGCAGCAUGAUGUUAAAGAAGGUCGACAAGAAAAAGGAUAGGACUCUCAUUCUGGGGCACAAACAUGGACUGCUCGAGCAGCUCGCCAACUGUACCGAUCCGGCACUGGUACUUCAUUUAACGGUCCUUAUCGUAUUCACCAUUACAACCCAAACUAUGCUUCAUGCGUCCGGACGCCACGUGUCGGCCAUCCUGAACUUCUUGCAGCCCUCGCUCAGCGUGGAACACUCGAAGAUGUUCAACACAUAUCAUGACUUGGUGCUGAAACUUCUAAGCACAGAGAGCGCCACCGAUCAAGGCAAGGCAAACGUCGAAGUCAUUACUAAGCAGUUGGAGGAAAUGACACCACUCGUGAAGGACAUUGCCCACAAUUUUAAGAAGUCCGGUGUAACGACGGUCGAAUAAUGGUUGAUGUUGCUUUAGCCAACAAUGGGUCGCCUUCGUUCUAGGUAAUUGCUAAUAAGGAGUUCGUCAUACUGCUACACACUGUCCAGAGCUUGUAUGUUAUUUUGAUA